AGACGUCCAUGACAACGUAACAUGGUGGACAAAUGCUCGUCAAAAUGGACUAAAAAUCCCAGGAUUUUACAGCGAUUUUAACAGACACGAAGCUACAAGCCUCCUAAGAAUCAAGGAAAAUAACAAUGUUGUCCAACCUCGAUGCAAUCCAUAUAACAGCAGUCCUUGAAGACUGUGCUGAUCAAAUUGCUAUUCUGGGGCAUAUAAUGCCAACAUCUCUUGAAGGACGAGCAGAUGCAAGUCAGAUAAUAGAUGAUGAACUUGGAGAGAUCCUACAGGGGCAGAAGGAUUUAGAACAGCGUUAUGAAGCUAUGCUGAGUCAUAGAGAGGAUAUUAAAACACAGCACUACAAUAACCAAUCCAAGUUACUGGAAUCUGAUGCUCGUGUGUCCUCAGCGGCACGCUCACUUAGGGAUGGUGCCCAAGCACUUAACAGGAGUUUUAAGCAGAAUCCCUUGACAAGCGACAACCUGGCAAAGAUCCAGGAAGACAGAAAGUUUCUGCAAGAUGUUAUUGAGGCAACAUUGGCUGAAGUCAUAUCAAGUAAUACCUUUGAUUCUCUUAUUGAUGCUGUCAGUACAGAAAAAGAGAAGAAAGCUGCAUUGCAGCAAACAAUACUCAAAGAGGAAGAAAGUCGAAAACUUGUAAAGAGCUUGCAAAAACAAUUAAUAGAAGUAAAGAAAGAAAAAGAAAGUGAAAUACAGCAACGGAAUGAAAUGAUUGCACACCUCAAAGAUCAGCUUCAAGAAAUGAAAGCCAAAACAAGUAUGGAAGGAAAGUACAUCAAGAAAGAUGCAGAGGUUCGUGUUUCAUGUACAAUGAAAAAGUGCCAACAGAGUGAAAACAGCCUGAAAGAAGAGCUAGAGACAUUAAAAUACAAGAUUGAUGAAGAAUCACGUGUGAAUGCAGAGAUUGAAGCAUACCUCAAACAGCACCAUCAGCUUCUUGAAGAAAAAGUGGAGUACUGGAUGGAAAAGUAUGACCAUGAUGUGGAGCAGAAACAACAUGAACUUGAUGUUCUAAAGGCCUCAAAAGCUAAUGAUCUUGCAAGGCUACGGGAACUCACGCAGAAAUACUCGGAAUAUGAAAAAGUUGUCAUAGAAGAUCGUGUAGAGAAAGAAAAGGCCAGACGACAAGCUGAACAAGAAGCAGAAGAACUCAAAGCUACCAUCAAGAUUCAGUCGUGGUGGCGAGGAGUUAUGGUCAGGCGACAGUUAGGACCAUAUAGCAAAAAGAAAAAGAAAAAGGGAAAGAAAGGAAAGAAGUCUGGGAAGAAAGGGAAGAAAGGAAAAAAAGGGAAAAAGAAAUAGCUCUUUUUUUCUAUUCUCAUUUUUUGUGUAUAUUAUUUAUAAUAAUCAUGAUUAUAAUUGAAAAAGUGCGAAGAAAAAAACUUUGAAAGGAUUUCUUCCUGUGUGAUUGUGUUAAUUUUGGAAUUUUUGCUUUUACUUAGAGGUAAAUAAUUUCAGAAUGAUAAAGGCCAAGUUUUUUAAAACAGAAAAUACAAUUUUGGACAAUAGAUUCGUAAUAAUCUUGACAAUUAUUAGAAAAGUCUGAUGUCAGGCUGGGAUUUUCUUCCAAACAAAAAACAUGAAUUUUUAUUCUAUUUAACAUUGAUUUCAUUUGUGAAUGAAGGCUUUGAAUAUGAAAUUCAAAUAAAUCUAAUACCCUGUUCACACCAGACCAUACUCUGCAUAAUGCCUUUUUAAUGGCUAUCCUGAUGAUAAAGCCCCAUUUACACUAGCGAUUUUUGCGGCAAUUUUUGCUGCAUUUUUUUCGUAAAGUUUAAUUCAGCAUACCAAGAUUUUCCUACACAAAUGUCUCUUUUGAAGGAUGAGACCAAAGAUUUUAUAUUUCCUAAAAUUGCCACAAAAAUCACAGCAAAAAUCACCAGUGUAGAUGGGGCUUAAGAAAGCUUCAAAAUUAACAUUUUCAUAUUACUUGAUGGUUGAAGUAUAAUUUACUACAAAUAAAAUUUAAAAAUAUACAUUACAAUACCAACAUUAUUAAAUAUGAGAAACGAUAUAGACAGUGAUUCAAAACGUUUCGAGGUCAUGCUGACCUCAUCAAGUGUGUUUAAUGGAUCUAAAUCAUGACUAUUUAUAAAUUAAAGAAAAUUUGCAUUUUAGAAAGAGCUUGGCCUUGAGGUAAUCAGACUGAACAUUAAGUGAUGGCUUUUUUGAUUGAAUAAAAAGCAUUUCAUAAACAAAG